GUUCAGCAUUACUGCAACACAAUAUCAUAUUUAUUAAGAAUUACAGUAUAAGUAAAUGCACUAUAGUUUUAUUAAUUCUUUAUCUUUUACUGUUUAUUAAAAAACCUGUUUAGCAGAUGUGUACUGUAGUGAUCUGUAACUAAACAGUUCUUCCAAUGUCACAUCUACAGAUGUCAACAAUGGGGAAAGAAAACAUUCUUGAAGGACUGAAACAAGUCAGACAAGAUAAAAUCGAAGUCAUUCAAAGCCAGAGCCUUUAUGAUUCACCAACAAAGAAAGUUUUGAAUAGCUCUGCUCAUCAAACUCCAACUCACCAACAAACAGAGAUAAAAAAUGUGACUAGCAAGAGCCAAGUCAAACCCGAUGAACCCAUGAGUCUGACAACACAUGGAUACAUGGCUCUUUGUGGACUAAAAGACUCACAUAGAAUCACGAGAACGUAUCAGAUCAGUGAAACUUACGAAACUGUAAACACAUCAGAGAGUGAGGGAAAACUGAGUGAGACAUAUUCAACCUCCCAAAAGCAACCAGAACUCAAGGGAAGCACCAGUAUUCAAAGCUUAAUCAAAUUCAAGUUCUUAGAUGAAGAGGUUUUACGUAAGUUGGAUAUGGGCCUUAUCACAGUGGAAGAGGUGCAAGCUUCGAUUUCUCAGCACAUUGGCAAACCAACAACUAUUGCUGGAGUUUAUGUGGAGUCAAGUAAGAAAAAGAUGUCUUUCCUAGAAGCUGCUGAGAAGGGCUUCUUAGCAAAGACAUAUGCUCUUGAGUUUCUGGAGGCUCAGGCUGCAACAGGAAGCCUUACGGAUCUGGCUACGGGGCAAACACUCUCAGUGGUUGAGGCUAUGGAGAAGGGAAUUAUAGAGGCAAGCCUGAAAGAUAAACUGAUGGAGGCUGAGAAAGCUGUUAGUGGCUACAUGCAUGCUGGCAAAAAGCUGUCUGUGUUUCAGGCAAUGGAAGAAAGGAUUCUUGAUAGAUACAGAGGCAAGAAGAUCCUCGAGGUCCAGGUAGCCACUGGAGGACUGAUCAACCCAAAGAUUGGUGUCAGGGUGCCAGCUAGCAUUGCUGUUGAUCAAGGUCUUUUGAACAAGGACACACUACAGAGUCUGCAUGAUCCAGUCAGUAACCCCAAAGGGUUCCACAACCCUGACACUGGACAGAAAGCAUACUACUCUGAAAUACUGAAGACAUGCCUUUAUGACAUAGAUGGUGGUGUGUUGCUCUUCCCCUUUGGUGAAAGAAAUUUAACAAACACCUCCCCCACAAGUUCUCAUCGAGCGUCUGUUGUCAUCAGCAGUCGUGGCAUCGAAAUGUCGGCUUAUGAAGCUUUCAAGGGAAGACACAUUGACAAGAGGACAUAUCUGUUUCUGUCACAGCAGGAAAGUGAAUGGCAGGAAAAGUCUGUAGCUGAUUCCAGUGGAAGCUCACUUCACAUCAUUGCUGAUGUCAAAAGUGGCCGACAGCUUUGUCUAGAGUCCGCAUUAAGUCAGAGGUUCCUUGAAAUGUCUGAGUUUGAAAGUUAUCGCAGUGGACUUCUUAGUAUCUAUGAGAUUGCAGACAUCAUAUUUUCAAGAAUGGUCGUUGUGGAAGAUGUUAACAGCCCCAUUGCUGGUUUCUGGGACAUCACUCAGAGGAAGAGGCUGUCAGUUCUCCAGGGUUUUCAACAAGGCUUUACUGAUAGAGCCACUGCCCUGCGGCUGUUGGAGGCCCAGGCCUGCACUGGAGGUAUUUGCGACCCCUCUUCAGGGGAGAAAGUUACUAUCUCAGAGGCUCUUAAAAGAGGUCUUUUAGAUGAGGCAUUAAAUCAGCAGCUCCAGCAGUUUGAGCAGGCAUUUAAUGGCAUCAUUCACCCUAAGACCUCAAAGACAUUGUCGGUUUCCCAGGCUCUUCAGGAAAAUCUAUUCCCAAAGGAUGCUGGCUUUCGCUGUAUUGAAUUCCAGCUCCUGACUGGAGGAUUGAUAAACCCAGACACUCAUGAUAGAGUCUCACUUGAAGAAGUCAUUCAGAGCGGCCUUGUUGACAAAGUUACUGCCUCUGUACUUAAAGAUGAGAAGUUCCUUACCAAAAGCCUCACCUGUCCAAAGACCAAGAGAAGAAUCACAUUCAGGGAGGCACUUGAAAGAAGUGUGUACGACUGCCACACAGGGUUAAGGUUACUGGAAGCUACAAAAAUCCAUGGUUAUGGAGCCAAAUCCACAUUUCAUUAUGUUUGGGCGUAUAAGCAGUAAUCAUUUGUAAAUACUGACUUGUCCAUAGUAAAACCUGCUUUGGCUUUGUGUUUGGCUGUGAAGUUACCUUGAACAGCAGUGAAUGCUGAAUGUUCUUUUUGAUUUACUCAUGUUUUAAUACAGUGGGUGUUACAACUAACAAUGGUUUUUGAGCUUUGGUGUUUUAAAUCUGAUUGCAAAUGUAUUUUGGCAAUGCCUUUCCCUUAUAGGAUUACGCCCUUCAGUUUGUAACAAAGUUAACAAUCUUGUUAAAAACCCAUUUGUUCUGAUUCUAGAGAUCUGUUGAUGAGGAGAAGAGAGAGCAUGGUGAU